AUGGGUCCUAAAUUUCUGACUGCGCUUGCUCUUUCAGCACUGGCUUGUGCAUCAGCCAUUGAUACCCAACUCGUUGGGAAUUCUACACGAGCACCAGAUGCAACAUGUUACUGGGACGGCACAUCCCCGUUCUGCGCGGGAAGCUGUCCUACGGGCUACGAAGACUGUGCCACCAGUGGUUGCGGUGACGGAGCUUGCUGUUGGACCGGAUACAAGAAGUUUUGCUGUCGUGGUGGGUGCCCUGACCGCGAAACUCUAGCGAUUGAGAUUGCGAAAGAGUUCGCUGCACCCAAGCCAGAGUUUGAUGCCGGCCUCAACGGUGGUCUUGACGGUGGUGAUGUUGAUGGCGUUGAUGUUACUACCUCCGAUCAUCAGGAAUGA